GAAUCGGGUUGCAACGGCGACAGGUUGAGUAACGCGGGUUCAAGAGGCUUUCUCGUGCUGAUAUAAGAGCUUCAGUCUCAUUCUCAUUUCCUUAUUUCCAGAGAGCUGCAUCGAAAGUGCUUUGGCCAUUGUCAGUAACUUCAAAAACACCCAUGGAUGCUUCAGAGCGUAGGUACUUGGAGGAUGAUGAUACGUCAAUAAUGAAAACGAUUAAAGGUGCAACUACAGGAUUUGUUUCUGGCACCAUUUUCGGGACAAUUGCUGCCACUUGGUAUGAUGUACCCCGUGUUGAGAGAAAUGUUGCUUUGCCUGGGCUUGUGAGAACCUUGAAAAUGAUGGGAAACUAUGGGAUGACGUUUGCUGCUAUUGGAGGGGUAUACAUUGGCGUUGAGCAGCUUGUGCAGAAUUAUAGAAUGAAGAGAGACUUCGUUAAUGGAGCUGUAGGUGGUUUUGCAGCUGGAGCAUCUGUUCUCGGAUACAAAGGAAAAAGCAUUUCAACAGCCAUUUCCGCUGGAGUUGCUUUGGCAGUUACAUCUGCAUUAAUUGAUGUUGGUGGUCAAACCACAAGAAUUGACAAUGGAAAGGAGUACUACCCUUACACCACCAAGAAAAGAUCCCACAUUGAGUAGCAUUAGUAAUCUUUGCAGCAAUUGGGAAAGAAGAUCUUGGCUGGCUUUCUCUUUUGGGCUUUCCAGAGAUGUAAUUAUACUCUCAGUUCUCUCGAGUAAGCUUAACAGGGAAUGUUGUAUGAAUAAAGGUACCAUCAAUUUGUUCUUGUUUUCGGUUAGUUUUGGAUUUACCACCAUUGAUAUUUGUUGGAAGCUUUUCAAUUUGGGAUAACUGUGAAGGUGGUUGAGAGGAAUUGUCAAAUGACACUGUUUUUCUUUUCAGGGCAAAUAAUAUGAUCCCAUCAUAAUUUUAUAUCUCAA